CCAAACCAAAAAGAAAAAGGGAAAGGGAAAGGCAAAGCAACCAACCAACCCUGUUUCUCCUUCUCUCCUCACUCACUCACUGUGCAUGUAGUACGAUGUAAUCUAAUUAAUUCACCAGUUGUUUUUAUUUUUCUUGAAAAAGCAAGCUUACUUAUUAAUUAAGCUAGCUAGCAACUAGCGAGUAGAAAAGCAAAGUGGUGAUCAGUCGUUGGCUGGUCAACAAGGUCUUUGUUUUCUGUGUUCCUCUCUUCAUAUGUCAGAUACCCUACUUGGAUUAGAUCAUCGAUCAAUUCGUAAAGUGAGUCGGUCACUGGUAAGCUCGAUCGGAAAACUGCAUCUGCGAGUUGGUAAUAAGAUCGAAGAAACCUCAACACUCCAUCUGCUUCUUAUAUUUUCUAGUGCUAGAGGCAUUCCAAGGUCUCGCGCGUCUUCGGUCAAUUCAGACGUGCUAGAUCUUUUGCUUUCCUGGAAAAUUUCCAGAAACCUCAUUCAAACAUCGUCUUCUUGCAACCUCCCCGGCCACUAUGAGAUAUCGGUUGCUGCUGGUCAUCGGGAGUUCAGCAAUAUUAUGGUGGACAUACAAGAAUCGCAAACCUCGCACCCCCAGAAACGAAAGGUCUCGCUUUAUACCAUUUUCAUCAUCCCCUCAGCCUCGUCCUGAUGGGGUUUGGCUUAAUAGGUAUCGGUUGCUGCUGGUCAUCGGGAGUUCAGCAAUAUUAUGGUUGACAAACAAGAAUCGCAAACCUCCCCCCCCCAGAAACAAAUGGUCUCGCUUUAAACCAUUUUCAUCAUCCCCUCAGCCUCGUCCUGAUGGGGUUUGGCUUAAUCGGUAUUGGUUGCUGCUAGUCAUCGGGAGUUCAGCAAUAUUAUGGUUGACAAACAAGAAUCGCAAACCUCGCCCCCCCCCAGAAACGAAAGGUCUCGCUUCCCUGAAAAGCCACCUCAGCCUCAGCCAACAUCAUCUAUAUCCAGCCUCACCGAAAACCCCAACAUAUUUUUCUAGACCAUCUCCAUCUUCCCCAAAACACCCUCCAACAUAUUUUUCUACACCAUCUCCGUCUCCAUCUUCCCCGAAACCCCCAGCAUAUACUUCUAAACCAUCUUCAUCCUCAACUCCAUCUUCCCCAAAACCCGCCCCCAGCAUAUAUUUUUCUCUAUCAUCUCCGUCUCCAUCUUCCCCAAAGCGCCCUCCUGUCUUUAAGUCAGUUCUAUGCCCAGCCUCCUCCUCCUCCUCAAAUAAUGAUGAUAUAAUUCAACAACAACGAGACAGGAAGAAAACAGCUUACGUAUGUGUUGAAGAGGAUUCAUUACCUGUAUUCACGAUUCCUGAGGAUAUCAAAACCUUGAUCAAGAACGAAACUGUGCCCAAAGUUCUCAACUGCUCUUUGUCUCCCACAACGUACAAGGAUUACUUUGCUGCUCUCUUAUAUUCUGAAGAUUUCUACUUGGAGAAAUGGAGUGAUUUCCUUUUGAAGGCUGUGACAUUGGAGUUGAAUGAAGCUGAAAUUUAUAAAAAUCAGAAAAAGGAUGAUAAAGCCUUUGUGGCAUUUGAGCUUGAUUCUGUUCCUGAGGAACGGCCAUUCCUCUUAUCAAGGGACUUGGUCUUUGCACGACCAGUGGGUAGGAGUACUGCUGAGCCCUUCCAGGGUUUCAUUUAUCGCAUUGUAAGGAGCAAAACCAUUUUAGUUGAAUUUGAAGAUGCCUUUUAUACUCAUCAUCAUUCCAACCAAAAGUAUGAUGUCAGCUUCUCAUUCAAUAGAGUUUGUUUGAAAAGAGCUCACCAAGCAGUUAAAGCUGCAUCAGAGGCCUUGUUUCAGAACUUCCUCUUCCCUGAUUGUGCCUCAAAAGUGAGCAUUCCUACUGCACCACCAGCUCUGCUUGCUACUACCCGUCAUAAGCUCGAUCAAGAUCAACGUUCCGCAGUUGGACAUAUCUUAAGGAUUCAGGGCUCACCACCUUAUGUAGUAACUGGUCCGGACUCUGUACCAGAAGGCAAAUCUUUUGCAUAUUUUAGGGAACCUUCAAGAACUGGAGUGGUUGUUAGUGAAGCAGUAUACCAAUUAUGUCAGAAGUCGCCAGAGUAUCGCAUUCUUAUCUGUGCGCCCACUAACAGCUGCUGCGAUGUGCUGAUGAGAAGCUUGGGGAAGGUGAUUCCAGAGUCGACUAUGUUUCGUGCCAAUGCUGCAUUCCGUGAGAAAGAAGAGGUACCUGAGGAUAUCCUCCGCUCAUCCCUUUACAAAGAGUCCUGUUUUUCUUGUCCUCCAAUAGAGAAACUCCGGAAAUACAGGGUGAUUUUCUCGACUUUCAUGAGUAGCUUUCGACUACAUGAUAAAGGCAUAGCUGUUGGACAUUUUAGCCAUAUUUUUCUGGUGGAUGCUUCAUCUGCUAUUGAGCCGGAAACAUUGGUCGCCCUGACUAACUUUGCUGACAAGGCUACUAGUGUUAUAGUUACUGGUAAUCAUAGAAAUAGCCCACGCUGGGUUCGCUCUGACAUUGCAAGGAAAAAGGGACUCAAGAUUUCAUACUUUGAAAGACUCUGUAAGCUCUGGCCCUAUAGAAGCCUCAGUCCAGUGUUCAUCACACAAUUGGACCUGAACCAAAACUCUGGCUCAGACUACCAAACAGCUUUCUGAGUUGGUUUAUUGGUUGCUUUUGAACGUGUGUAUUUCAGGUCUCAUGUGCUGCAGAUGGUUUUUAUGUAUUAAACUCUAAACCAAUUCUAUAAAUAUCAUCAUGUGUGGAAACUCGUAGCUUUUUCAAAUACACACAAGGCAUUCAGCUGUUUGCUUUUUGUA